CUGCUGAUGCGCUUGUAGAGGCCGGAUUCAUCCCCGUUUUACUAACAAACCUAUCCGAUAUGGAGGAAAUAGUGGAACUUCAUCUGGACACUCUUCAAUCGCUGUUUUACUGUGAUGGGAAGAAAAUCGCCCUAGAGGAGGAUGGAUUUCAGACUUUGGUUAAAGUGCUGGAUAGAGACGAAGGAGCGAUUUUGGCCAAAGGUUGCCAAGCCUUAGUAAAACUGUGCAUGGUGAAAGAAGGGCGCAAACUGGCCAAGGAACUCAAUCUGUUAAAGGACUUUAACCGACUUUUGCAUGAUGAGAGACCCGAGGUCUAUUCGGCAGCCGCAGAAGCCAUAAUGUUCUGCACGAUUAAAAGCGCGGAAAAAAUAACAGCCAGCAAGAUAAGAAGCAUGCCGAAACGUCUGGUUGAACUGAGCAGGAACAAACUGAACCCAACAGCCCAGAUAUUUGCCAUCAAGGCGCUGACAUGCAUAUGUGAGCAUCCACUAGUGCGACAAGACGUGCGGACAAACCACUAUAAAGAUGUGGAAACCAUCCAGUUAAAUGAAGAGCGUCCGGAAAUUGCGGCGUUGAAGAACACGCUGAUGACAAUGCUGCAGUGGGUGCCGCAUCGUCAGAACUAGUUUUUUCAAUUUGAUGCGACUUUAUCGGUCUAAAUUUAAUCAAUCGGGAGGUCAAUAUUUGCUUAGACUGGAUUGAAAAUAUGCCAAAUAAACACAGAUGUGGAACCGA